ACGAAAUUCAUAGUCGUGAACGUGCAGUGAUAAUCUUGGCUGAAUGUUUUAACCGUUCAACACUUUUCAGCCGUGUACACCUUUGUUAUGUACCCUGGCAGGUGAGAGUGGAUAUUUUCUUACCUGCUUAUGCCUCACUCUCUUUCAUUUUCCGGUGCUUAUACCUUUAUUAUGCACAUUGUACCUCAGCACGUGUGCAGUAGGUAUCCUCACCUUUUUUGUAUGUUUACAGGUAAGGUUCGGAAGGAGACAUGUGUGGCAAAAUUAGCGUGUUUAGGGGAGUCUAGCCUCAAGCAGCGGCGGUGCCAGGCAGCGCCCUGCGCCACUCCGCCAGAUGGAGAAGGCAAACAGGACCUUCGCGCUGCUGACCUUCGUGAGCCUCGUGUUUAUCUUCAUUAUGCUCACGAGUCUGGAGCUUGAAUACACACGCCAGACUCAACUACACCCGAGAAGGACACAGCUUGAGGCCCACGGCAACGACGGCGAGGGUGAGGGUGGCCAGGACGAGGAAGAAGAGGAGGAGGAGGAGGAGGAGGAGUACGCCAGCGAAGAAAACGAAGACGAGGACGACAACAACAAUGACAGUGUGUGUCGGGACGUGUUUGAGAUCCGGAAGACCUCACCAAACAUGACCGAGUGGAUGACCAAAGCGGUGAAGGUCAUCAGGGCCAAGAAGAGGAAGAGGCGCUUUAUUCCCAGUCUCUUCUACGAGGUGGUGGGCCAGGAGUCCCCUGCCAUGACAGCCAGAGUCAACGACAGCUCCGGCCACCUGGGAUCCAACCUCACCGUAGCCAAGGAGUGGCGUCUGGACCUGGCCGGGGGUUACCUGCCGCACCUGUCUUGCCACCUGAGGAAGUUCGACGCCCCGGAGGUGGACAGGUGUGUGCGGGCGCGCGGGCGGGCAGGCAAAACUACCAAGGUCACUUACGUCGGGGACUCCAGGAUCAGACUGCAUGUUGAGCUCCUUAUUGACCUCCUGCGUGACCUCCGACCCAAGAUUACGACCUACAAAGGCGAGGAGAUCACGGUGGAGGACUUCUUGGGCGAGAAAGGACAGUCACAGUGGAUGAAAUACAAGAAUAACUUCCGAGUGGAUAUGGAAGGCGCGGGGGAAGGCGAAGAGGCGAGAAACGGGAGUGGAGGAGGAGGUGAAGAAGGAGGGAGCAGACUCGCCAUCAACUUCCUCUGGGCCGCGUUGAUAGAGCUUUCAGAGGUGCCGCCGAAAGACAAGGGUCAGGAGAAUUAUGUGGGCGCGAUGGAGUUCCUGGAGAGCGUAAGCCACGCUCCUCAAGAAGACCUCCCCGACCUGUUGAUCCUAAACACGGGGGCCUGGCAGCUGGCAACACCCACCCUAGACUCAAUGCUCGAGAAGCUGGACAAGGCCGCCGUUGGUGUCAUGGUCAAGCUGCGGCGCGUCCUGGAGCGCCUGGCAGCACGCACCGCCGUGGUCUGGGCACUCCCCGACCCACUCAAGGAAUACAUCAGCCAUGACUAUAGUGGGAACGGACACUUCACCCACCAGACCAACAGGAUGCUGGAGUGGCUCAGCAACGCUCAGACGUCCCUGCAGCCACCGGGCGUCAUCGUGUGGGACUCCUUCCUGCCCGUGGCUCACCGCGCCGCCGGGGACUGUGUCAACCUUAUCCUGGAGAAGGUGGAUCUAAACACCUUGCCGCACUACUCAGUGUUCCCGCCGCCCAACACCUGGAACUGCUGGGAGCGAAUGCACAUCGGCCUUGAGGCGCUAAGCGUGGCUGUUCAGAUGAUGCUGAACCACGUGUGUAACCCUUACCUCCCUCCUACCGGCCACUGCUGUAGCGGUGGGGGUGGGGGUGCUGGUGAGGGUCAAGGGGGUAUUAAAGGAUCAUGAUAUAGAUACUUAUGGACUUUGUUAGACAAUGCUUGAAAAAAAAAUAACAAAUGAAGAAAAUACUCUUUGCAGGGCUAUAUAUUUUUUUUUUCGAAUCCUUAAGUUGCUUGUGCUUCCUCUCUUACUGUAUGGCUGUGAGACAUGGACACUGAAAAGUGGCAAGGAGAGGCGUGUCGAUGCCUAUGGUACCAAAUACCAAAUGCAGGAUCAUGGGGUAUUGUUGGAAUGACUUUGUGUCGAACAAGCCACUACUUGAUAAAACUGAAUCGUGGCCUGUUGCCAACUUAGUCCGUGAACACCAAGCCCGGCGGGCAGGUGGCGCGCCUCCCGGACGUUGAUUCUGCUCAUAAGGCUAUUUCUGUACGAUUCAACCCUGAGUGGUUGAAAACAAGGGGACGCCCACGUAGCUUAUGACUGGAGCUAGUCAGGCGAUCCUGGCAGGAGAGACAUAAGAUGGACACGGUAGCUGCGUGGGAGCUUGGACCGUUGGAAGUGGAG